UCAUUUUCCAUUUCAUAUCCAAAUCUUUCAUGUCUUCUCUAGGUUUUCUUGUUUUGCUCCUCAUGAUCUCAGCUGAGAGACCUCAAGCGAUUAGAUUACUAUCCAAAACGUGGACGAUAUUGCCUUCCUUACAUUACCAAGUCAAUCAGAAGAGAUAUAGCUUGUUUAAAGAAGAAAGUGGUACACAAGGAGUUAUUCGAUAUGGAUUUCCUUGUGGCCAUUGUUCAGGAAGAAAGAAUAGGCAACUCAUGGCCACCUUAGAUAAGGGGACUAGCAAGAACUCAGUCGAGAAAAGGGAACAAAACCCUGAUGAGGAGAAGAAGAGUGACUUUGCUAGGAAUCAAAAGGAGAUUCACCCUGUACCGGAGAGACAUACUUACCUUGACGACAACCAACAGACAGUAGGAAUGGAUUAUUCUCCUGCCCAGAAGAAGCCACCGAUCCACAAUUGAUCAUCAAGUGGUAAUUAAAUAGUAGUUGUUAAUUAUAGUCCCAAAGUACUCAUACCAACAACAUAGGAAUUUGUAGUAGAGAAGAUUAUAUGUAUAUUAAUAUUAUAGGUCCCGUGUGACCAAUAAAAGAGGAGUGAAUUGUCAUGAAAAAAAUAAAUAUACCUUUCUUGAAACUUAU